ACUUAAUCGUCUUUUCCUAUUUGUUUGAGGGCAUUUUCUUUGUACACAAUUUGCGUAUUUAAAACCAGCUUCUUCUUCCUCCAUUUUCCAUUCUGAAUCUCUCGCACCAAGUUUCAGAAACCAAUUCUCUGAGAGAGAUUAUAAAUUGACAAGGCAAAAAUGGUGAAGAUCUGCUGUAUUGGUGCGGGAUAUGUCGGAGGACCUACAAUGGCUGUUAUUGCACUCAAGUGCCCGAAAAUUGAAGUGGCUGUUGUGGAUAUCUCAGUGUCUCGGAUCAAUGCCUGGAACAGUGACCAGCUCCCAAUCUACGAGCCAGGUCUUGAUGGCGUCGUGAAGGAGUGCCGUGGCAGGAACCUCUUCUUCAGCACUGAUGUGGAGAAACAUGUCUUUGAAGCUGAUAUUGUUUUUGUCUCCGUCAACACUCCCACAAAAACUAGGGGUCUGGGAGCUGGUAAAGCUGCAGAUCUCACUUAUUGGGAGAGCGCUGCUCGUAUGAUUGCCGAUGUAUCAAAAUCUGACAAGAUUGUUGUUGAAAAAUCGACUGUCCCGGUGAAAACUGCUGAGGCCAUUGAAAAAAUCCUUACCCACAACAGCAAAGGAAUAAAAUUCCAAAUUCUCUCAAACCCUGAAUUCCUUGCUGAAGGAACUGCAAUUAAGGAUCUCUUUAACCCAGACCGUGUCCUCAUUGGAGGGAGGGAGACCCCUGAGGGUCAAAAGGCCAUUGGUAUGCUGAAGUCCGUUUAUGCUCAUUGGGUACCUGAGGAGCGGAUUCUCACUACCAAUCUUUGGUCUGCUGAGCUCUCCAAGCUUGCUGCCAAUGCUUUCUUGGCUCAGAGAAUUUCAUCUGUUAAUGCCAUUUCAGCUCUUUGUGAAGCCACUGGUGCAGAUGUUUCUCAGGUUGCCUAUUCUGUUGGCACAGAUUCCAGAAUUGGACCAAAGUUCCUCAAUGCCAGUGUUGGUUUUGGUGGAUCUUGCUUCCAAAAGGAUAUCUUAAAUCUGGUUUACAUCUGUGAAUGCAAUGGCCUUCCAGAGGUAGCAGAGUACUGGAAACAGGUGAUCAAGAUCAACGAUUACCAGAAGAACCGGUUCGUUAACAGGGUAGUUGCUUCUAUGUUCAACACAGUGUCAAACAAGAAGGUCGCCAUUCUUGGCUUUGCUUUCAAGAAAGAUACCGGUGACACGAGGGAGACCCCUGCCAUUGAUGUAUGCAAAGGACUCUUGGGAGACAAGGCACGGUUGAGCAUCUAUGACCCCCAAGUCUCUGAGGAUCAGAUCCAGAGGGACCUCACUCUCAGCAAGUUUGAAUGGGACCAUCCUACUCACCUCCAGCCAAUGAGCCCCACAACUGUUAAGCAAGUGAGCGUCGUCUGGGACGCCUACGAAGCAACCAAGGAAGCUCAUGCAGUCUGCAUCCUGACCGAAUGGGACGAGUUCAAGUCUCUCGACUACCAGAGGAUAUACAACAACAUGAUGAAACCCGCAUUCAUCUUCGAUGGCCGAAAUGUGCUUGAUGCAGACAAGCUGCGUGAGAUCGGUUUCAUCGUCUUCUCAAUCGGAAAGCCUCUUGAUUCAUGGCUGAAGGACAUGCCAGCAGUGGCUUAGAUUUUGCCUCCCCCUUCACAAUGGCUUCUUCCUCUUUGCAUGCAAGGCAACAAAAGCAGUUGGAUUCUUCCCCAUAUUUUUAAUGUAUUGUUGUUUGUUUUUUUACUUUCAUUCUCAUAUCAUAUCUCUUGUCUUGUCAGGACCCUCGAAGGUUUGAGACCAUAUGUCUUGCCUUCACAAUUGUCUCCAUCUCUAUCGUUUUAUGUUCCCAUAAAUUUUUUUGUUAGAAAGUUCAUUACGUUUUUCUUUGCUUCAUAAAUGUUCACAGCUUUCCAUUUGUCCUUAGGAUCCCAUAA